ACGAAGCAACUUUAAAUUUCCGAGACAACACAAAACACUUGAAAAUUUUAGGUCGUCAUCGUCGUCGAAAUACUUUUUGACUGCGUGUGUGUCUUAUCGACAAGGAAGUCACGGGUGUGUCGAUAGUCCAGUCAGAGUGGAUAAGAUGGGGAGCAAACAACAAAUCCCACCAAGUAUUCUCGUCCAGCAGAAAAUUCGUGAAAAUGCGACCGAUGUCCAGAAUUUCUUGUCAGAUCUUUCCAAUUGGAGUAAAGAAAUGAGAGCGACUGAAUUGGCACUGUCGAAUAAACCAAUUCCAGACGUGCCCGUCCAAGAAGAAUCGACUGCCAUCCCGUUAAGAAAUGAUCCUAAAACGAAGAACAAGAAAGUGGAGCAACCACCACACCCACCCAAACCUAAAACUGGAGGGAGUGACUACACCGCGUGGGAAAAGUUUGACGCUGAAAAGGCCUGCGAAGAGGUGGAGAAGAAGGACGAUGUCACAACCAAGAAGACUGGAGACAGGGUGGAAAGUGAAAGUGAUCUCAUCCGACGACGAGCAAUUGAGUUGAAACUGAAGAAAAUGGCGAAUGAGAAGAAAGAUUUGGGGAACCAAUGUCUGAAGGAUAAAGAGUAUGAAAAGGCCGUCGACUAUUACACGGAAGGCAUUCGAUGUGAUAAGAAGAGUGCUGUUUUGUACGCAAACCGGGCCCAGGCGAACAUUUUUCUCAAACAAUACCGGAGAGCUGUGGAAGAUUGUAGUGAAUCCAUUCUGAUCGAUGGAACCUAUGUUAAAGCGUAUUUUCGGAGGGCAAAGGCCAGGUUCCAUUUGGGAAAGUUGCUAGAUGCAAAGAACGAUUUGAAUAAAAUGCUCGACCUUGACCGAGGCAAUGUGGAGGCAAAACAAUUAAUGAAUGAAAUAAAUAAGAAGACCAUGCAAUGUUUGUUGUCCACUCCGGGAUCUCAACCACCAAACACAACGCCAACAACGACGCCGGAUGAUUCCUUGGACAACGGCAGGCUCUCCUACUUUCCCGGUGUGACGACUCGUCUCUUGGGAAAUAACAACUACAAUUCGCUCAGUGGUGUAGGGAGCACGGGAGGAGGAGCUGGACGACUUUUCCGACCCUCUCAGUCAUUAGUGGCCGGAUAUGAUGACGACUAUGAGGAGGAGGACCUCCGUGGUGGUGGAGAUACGGGAGAAAUCUAUCCCAAGAUUAUCCUCCCCAUUACCAAAAGUGUCGCGAAACGAUCAAAGCGACCACUGCUUCCACUCCAUGUAAAAGUUAUUGGACGAAAAGGUCAUGGCGAUGCAGAAUCCAAGAAGAAGAUGCGACUGGAUUUACUAGACUGUAAUGGAAAUGAUGAUCAAGAUGAAGUCAUCGUCUCGUCCUCAUCCUCACCAUCAAACUCAGUAAUAUCCUCCUCCUCCAUGACUUCCGUCUCGUCCCCUCCUGCCAGCUCAAACUACGCAGCAACACCCGCUACACCGAUCGCAACUACGACAAACCACCUUCACUCACUCUUCUCGCAACUACAAAUGACCUCACCUCCACCCAAGCCAUCAACCUCUGCACAGUUCGAACUGGAUUGGCGAAAACUUAAAGGAAACUCGGACAUCGCUGCGCAAUACUUGAAUCAACUCUCGGUGUCCGACUAUCCCACCAUGUUUGGCGAGUCAUUGGAAUAUCGACGUCUCUCCGAAAUCUUGGAGCUUCUCUUGUGGGAAUUCCUUCCGAGAGGUUGGCCCGUUCAGCCGCAUUUGCAGGGACUCGCCUCCGUUCGACGCUUCUCUACCGUGGCCCUCUUCAUGAGCGAGAAGGACAAGGCGAACGCGCGGAAGCUCAUUUCCGAAGUUAGUUCCCAAGAAGAGAGAACAAUGCUGAAUAAGAGUUAUGCAUUGUUGGGUUAGAGAUAGCAGACUAGACUUACUUAGACUUUUACCAUGUAUGUAGCAUGACCCCGAUAAUGAUGACAGUGAUGAUUUGCACUAAUUUUAAUUUAUGGUAAUGUUUAGUUUGUUAUCUAAAUCUUUCUUAAAUCGGUAAUGAAAUAAUGAUCAUAUAGUCAGUCAGUGUCAUGUAUGUAUAUCAUCCACGAUAUUGAUGAUAUUAUAUGCCAGUCACGUUUAGAUACACACACAACAAGUUCUGCUAUUUAACUUGAAUAAAAUUGAUGUGAUAAUGACCGGAAA